AUGUCGACCAUCGCUUCGAUACGAAGGCGAGAAAAUCGUCGUACUCAACGUCUACCUCAAGAUAAAAGCCCGGAUUUGGACAAGAACGAGAAUAGAACGACGAAGAAAAGCAAACCAGAGGAUAAUGGAGAGUUUCUUUGGUCCAAUAUUGGAGGAAAAUUGUUCUAUUCAAAUUCAGAAGAUGAUCAGGGAUAUGUUUUUAACACAACAACAAUAUUAAAGGUGAGUUGGAUAGCUUUUUAAAGUUAACAUUUCUUUUAAUGUUAUUAUUGUAUGAUUUUUAGUUGUUAGUGUCGCUACGAGUUGGAAGUGCCUUCUGGAGUAUAAUACUAGAUUGUGACGAGACUUACAACUACUGGGAGCCUUUACAUUUGUUAUUGUUUGGCAGAGGAUUCCAGACGUGGGAAUAUUCUCCAGAAUACGGCAUACGGUAUGCUUAAUUGCUAGUUUAUUUAAGUUUUUAGAUAACAUUUAUCAGAAAAAAUUAUCUCAAAUGUUGGCCAUGAAGUUUAGUUUUAUUUCACAAUGCUAAUUUAUUGAAACAUUCUUGUUGCAGAUCAUGGGCGUACAUUUACCUUCAUUACUUGUUAUCAGUACCGUUUUUGGGUAUAACGUUCUCCAAAGUAAUGUUGUUCACCUUUAUUCGAAUAUCUAUUGCUUUGAUUAGUAUGGUUUCCGACCUUGUUCUUUACCAUAGUAUAUGCAAACGACUGGGUAACUCGAUAGGAUCGUACUUUGUCGUACUGAGUAUGUUAUCCGUGGCCAUGUUCAAUGCAAGCCCCGCAUUCCUGCCAUCAUCGUUUUCGAUGACGAUGAAUACUUUUGCGAUGGCUGCGUAUCUUCAAGAAUAUUGGUUUAUAGCGAUCUUCUUCACCGCUUUCAGUGCGCUAUGUGGAUGGCCUUUUGCUGUUGUAUUGGGAUUGCCUAUAGUAUUGGAAAUGGUUGUCAUCAGGACUAGGUUGUUGUUUUUGAGGUUUGUCGGCUAUGCACUGUUGAGUGGUGCUAUUAUCUUUGUGCCUAUGUAUUUGGUCGAUAGUUUUUACUAUGGAAAACCUGUAAUUGUAAGUUUGUUUUACAUUAUAUUGGGGUUGUACGUAAAAAGAUUUGCUUGAAAUAUUGUAGUUAAAUUCAAUGCAAUUUAUAUUACAUUUUAGUGUGUAUUUGUUUAUGUUUCUAAAAAUCAUAAUUAUUGCAGGCUCCUUUAAAUAUCGUAUUGUACAACGUACUAUCUGGACAUGGUCCGGACUUGUACGGUGUCGAACCGGUUAGUUAUUAUCUGAAGAAUUUGUUUUUGAACUGGAAUGUGGCCUUACUAUUCGCUUUGAUUGCCUUGCCGACUGCUCUUUACGUAUAUGUAUUCAAAGGGAAUGACAACGUUAAGGCUGGUAGGUCCUUAGAUAUGUUCUAUAUUAUAUCUUUUUUUUGUAAUCGUACAUCUUAAGUAACGCUUUUUUUGCAUUUUAUAAUUUCAGAGCUAACCUUACGGUUUUGGUACCGUUUUAUCCCGUUUUUCUUCAUCUUCUUGUCAGUCUAUCUUUGGAUCACGAUCUUCUUUCUCCAACCACACAAAGAGGAACGUUUCUUGUUUCCCAUAUUCCCCUUGAUAGCUGUUUUAGCUGCUGUUGGGUUGGAUGCUCUAAACCACAUUCAUGGUCGAUUUGUGACUUUGUCAAAUCUGCUCAUCUUUGGAUUUGUGGUAUUGUCGAUUUCUCGAGGUUAUGCAUUACACAGGAAUUACUAUGCUUCAACUGAGACCUACAAGUACUUGAACGAUCACUUUAUCGUCAAUCAGAAGGUUAUCGAUCUGGACAAGUUUAAUGUAAGUGCACUGUAAAGUUUAUGCUCAGAUAAAUUUAGGUGUACAUUUUUGUAUUUAAAACUAUUAAAAAGUUUUUCCCGUUAAAAAUCAAGAUUUGCUACAUUACUGUUCUUUAGAAUCCAAUCCAGUUAUGUGUAGGCAAGGAAUGGUAUCGUUUCCCAUCCUCCUUCUACCUUCCAGAAUAUGUUGUGGGUAAAGGAAACAGGAAGAAGAAAGUGGUCAUGAACUACCUCAGGUCCAGCUUUAAAGGAAUUCUGCCAAAACACUUUUCCGACGGGCCGUUACCAGAGAUUACAAGCUUGAUACCGACUGAAAUGAACGAUCUGAACGAAGAAGAGACCGGUCGAUAUGUCAAAGUGGGCCAAUGUGAUUACGUCGUUGAUCUGUUUACUGGAGGCUACUCGGAUCAAGAUGAUUUUAACGAAAAAACUUCGGUAAGUUGGGUUUUGAUCAAUGAGGUUAUGUUGAGAGUUGUAAAAGUUAUACAUGAUGCAGUACGCUUUUGCCAUUUUUACUGAUAAUUCUACGUUUUGGCUUACUCAUAAUUUUAUUUUUUAGAAAAAUUUCAAAGUUUUGUACGAAAAAGACUUUCUUUUAAACGACCAGUCACAUCCACUAUUCCGAGCAUUCGCCGUUCCGUUCACAUCCAACUUUUUGAAGUAUGGUAAAUACAGAAUCUAUGAAAGACUGUGA